AUGCCCCACGACUUCAAUUACAAAGAACUCGAUUGGGAGCAAUAUGCACUUCACCGGCCCGCCUACCCUGCCCAGCUCUACGACCUGGUCUGCGAGUAUCACCAGUCCCAUGGCGGUGUUUUUGACUCCGCUCUGGACAUUGGUGGCGGCAUUGGAAUCAUAGCCAGAGACUUCUUGUUGAAGAAAUUCAAGCGCGCAACGCUGAGCGACCCCUCCGACGACUACAUAUCUCAGGCCAAACUCGCCCUCGCCUCAUACGCCAGCUCCAAGCAAUUGUCCUUCGUCAAGUCCAAGAUUGAAGAUAUGAGACCAAGCGAUCUUCCCAACGGCCCAGUCGACCUACUUACAGCUGGGACUUCCCUUCACUGGGCUGAUCCCCUUCGGAUCACACCCAGCGCAGCUCAGUUGCUCAAAUCUGGAGGGACCUUUUCAGCUUGGGCUUACGGAGUCCAGCCGCAAUUUGCGGACUCUUUCCCAGCGGUGAAGCCGGCUUGGUCAAAGCUCUUUGAACGGAUGUUCGCAAUAUACGAAGAGAAGCUCGGCAAGCUCACAGAGGAAGGGCCUACCGCCAACAGCAACGCUCGCUUCGACAACAUACCGUUCAAUCCCAAAGAGUGGACCAAUGUUAGAAGGAUCCAGGUGAUGCCCGAGGUAGACAUGCUUGAUAUAGACUUAAACAUUCCAGCGGCCGACAAACGAGUUCUGCCCGAAGUAGAAAGCCAAGAGGUCUUGGAGAACAAUGACUUUGUAAUGCGGACCGUCGAUCAUACUUGGAUCGUAGGCUACCUACGGAGUGUAGUCCCGUUCGUCAAUGUCGAAGAAGAAUUGGCUCCGGAAUUGAAGGAAUURAAGAGCUUGCUGGGAGACAAGGAAUACCAGCUCAGAUGGCCAUUUGCGAUAGUACUCGCGACUCGGAGAUAG